CUUCAGAGCCAUUAAAUUACACCCGUCCCGAACUCCAUGCUGCACCGGUCCCUGCCCUCCUCUCUACUCAACUCUUGUCUCCUUUCUCUUACCUCUCUUCAUCUUAAACUGUUUUAGUGUGCAUACUGAUGUCGAUCGAAGCGCGCAGCGACCAAUACUCGUUAACCUCGCCGUACGGGUACACGCCCGACGCUUGGGUGGGCAUCCUCUUCAUCGUCAUCUUCAGCCUAAGCACAGCAUGCCACUUUGUGCAGGCGAUCUACUAUCGUCUAUGGUUCAUGCUCCCUACCGCCGUUCUCGCCGGCGCAAUCGAAAUCAUCGGCUGGGGUGGCCGCUUAUGGUCCUCGUAUAAUGUCCUGCGGAAUGACCCCUUUCUAAUGCAGAUCGUGUGCACAAUCAUCGCGCCGACGCCGCUUGUGGCCGCGAGCUUCAUCAUUCUCGGGCAGAUUAUUCACAGGCUGGGCCAACAAUACAGUCGGCUUAGUGCCAAGUGGUAUUCCAUUAUCUUUAUUUGCUGCGAUAUCAUCGCCCUCGUAAUCCAAGGAGUUGGAGGUGGCGCCGCAUCUGCCGCUGUAAAUAACUACCAGAGCCCUACUCCGGGCGGUCAUGUCAUGCUCGCUGGUAUUGUAUUUCAACUUGCCUCCAUCUCGUUCUACAUGCUCCUCGCGGUCGAGUUCAUCAUGCGCUACCUGCACGACCGGCCGAUUGGUGGGCGCAUCUGUGUGCAUACGCCGUACACGUUCGACAGCAAGCUCAAGCAGAUGGUAGGUGCGCUUGCGUUUAGCAGCAUCUGCAUAUACAUUCGGUCGUGGUACCGGACGUUCGAGCUCGCAGAUGGAUGGGAUGGCCACAUCAUCACCACACAGCGCUAUUUCGUCAUUCUCGACGGGAUGAUGAUCGCAUUCGCGAUGAUUGCCGUAAACCUGUUUCACCCAGGGCGGUUGCUCGGGCCAUGGCACACAUGGAGAUCAUGGAACGCCUCGGCAGAGGACGAUCGGCGCGAGCAAAAGGCGCAAGAGGAGCCUCAGAGCGGGCGAGAAAGUGCAGGGGAGGGCGAGAUGUGGGAGAUGAAGAAGCAAGGGGUGUGAGUGCCGUUCGUAUGCUAGACUGCACUGGCAAGGCUAGGACAUGCCCCAGACUUAGAUUGCCGUUGUUG